AUGCGAUCAAAUCAUGGUAAGUUUUAUUUUCAGAUUUUUAAUUGAAAUCGCAUUCAAAAAUUCAGAAUUUUUCACAGAAUCUCUGCUGUUACAUCAAUUCAUGGCUCCACCGUCUAGCACAGCACCCACAAACAGCACAUCUCGUUCUAAAUCUCUCACCCAAAACCUUCAAUAUAGUCUCUUAUACAAUACCAUUCUUUUUUCAAGCUCAAAGCACCAGUAUAGUUCUACUGUGUUUCUAUCGUUACAGUUUGCUAAAAUACAAAAAUAUUGACACAUUUUGGGAAAAAUGGUCUAUCUUUGUGUAUUUAGGUGUGUUGUGUUACUCAUUCGCUACGAUUCUACCAAUUUCUUACACAUUUUAUCCUCUGGUCUACAAUGCAACGUUGGGGUAUUUUGUAUCCCAUUCAGAAUUCGUAAAAAAUCGUUAUACAUAUGGAACGUAUUUUUGUAUUUAUACAAUGAUUGAUUUCAUAGUUGUUACAGUUCUUGGACUGUUUACAGUUCACGGUCUGCAGAAGCAUUUUGCGGCACAUCAAAAUGUCCCAAGAACUCGGGAUAAAUUGAAAAGAAUUACGUUAAUUGUGGCAAUUAAUUCAGUUAUUUAUGUGAUAUUCACUUGCGGAACUGUUAUUAUCUCAGUUUUAAUACCUGAUAUAGAUCCACUUCUGCAGACUGAUUUGCUUCUGAUAGUUUGGGAUAUGGUAUGUUUUUAAGGGCGUUAAUAAUUCUACGUGCAUUUAGAAAGACUAUCUAUCUUUAUGAUCUGUAACACUCUGUCUUUAAAUUUUAAGAACGAUUUCAGCUCAACUUCACAAUGACCUACACCUUGCUGUUGUGCGAUAAAAACGUUCAUGAAAUGAUAUCGCUAAAAUUGGUGAUAAUCUUCAAAAAAUUUAGUGGCGUUGUUGCACCGACACAUGGAAUUGUUUAA